CUCUGGCGCUGCUGCUUUCUCACCCAGGCACGGCCGGCUGCUGCUACUUAGUCAAACUUUCCUGGGGCUGGGAGGGAGGAAGGGAGGGACAGAAAGAGCUACGGCGGGGAGGGGGCCGGUCGCUGCCUUGAUCCCUCCGAUUGUCUUCGGGUUGCAAACAAACUCCUCUUCUUUCCUAGCCCCGCAUCAAACGAGCGGUGUGAACGCAGCCAAACGGGCUCCGAAUAGUCCCCCCCUCUCCUCCUUCACAUCCCCGAUCUUCCUCCCUCCUGGCCAGCCCGCCCGCCCGGCCGCCCUUGUGCAAGAAGUUCGCUUGCUCUUCGCGUGGCUCGGGAAGAAAAUGCCCCAACUCAACAGCGGCGGAGGCGAUGAUUUGGGGGCCACUGAUGAGAUGAUCGCCUUCAAAGACGAAGGCGAACAAGAGGAGAAAAUCCAGGCCAACGUCUUUACCGAGGGAGAUCUGGCUGACCUCAAGUCAUCCCUGGUGAACGAGUCCGAGAGCACCAGCAGCACCCCCAGCAGCAGCAGCAGCAGCAGCAACAACGGGAGCAGCCAGGCUUCAAAUGCAGCAGCAACAGCAGGAACUCAUUCCGAGGCAAUCAGGCGCUUGCAAGAUCCUCAAAGGAUCUAUCAAGAGAAACUCCCGGAUCACAUGGAAGAUGGUUUAAAACAUCAGGACCCAGGGAUGUACAAAGGAUCUGCUUAUUCUGGCUACCCUUUCCUCAUGCUCUCUGAUCCUUACCUAUCAAAUGGAUCAAUGUCACCUUUGUCCAACAAGGUUCCUGUAGUGCAGCCGUCCCAUAGCGUCCAUCCACUCACCCCUCUCAUCCCAUACAGCAAUGAACAUUUCAGCCAUGGUUCCCAUUCGCCUCACCUGCCAGCCGACAUCAACCAGAAACAAGCACUGCUCUGUAAAGUAGGCCAGCAUUAUUAUCCCUACAUGGCAGGUAUGAGAGGGCUGAAGCUGAGAAGAACAGAGGCUUUCCCAAAGUUAUCUAGUACACACCGUCCUUCUCAAACAUCUGAUAUCUCUGGUUUCUAUUCUCUUCCUCCUAGUGGAGUUGGACAGAUAACACCCUCUAUGGGAUGGCAGAGCCAGCCUCUCUGUCCUCUCCAGCCAUGUGGAUUUAGACAGCCCUAUACGUCGGCGCUCUCUGCUGGGGCUACUUUCCCUAGGAUCACACAUCCCUUGGUGCUCAGCGCUGGAAUGCAUACAACAGGAAUCCCACACCCGGGUAUCACAUCUCCUUCUGGGAAACAAGAAAUUGAUCAUUAUGACCGAAGCAUGAAAUCACAACCAGAACCAAAGAGAGAGAAAGAAGCCAAGAAACCCACUAUCAAGAAGCCUUUGAAUGCUUUCAUGUUGUAUAUGAAAGAAAUGCGAGCAAAGGUCAUUGCCGAAUGCACCUUGAAAGAAAGCGCAGCUAUCAACCAGAUUUUAGGAAGACGGUGGCAUGCCCUGUCACGGGAAGAACAAGCCAAGUACUAUGAACUGGCCCGCAAGGAAAGGCAACUUCACAUGCAGCUUUAUCCAGGAUGGUCUGCAAGGGAUAACUAUUCUUCAGGCUCUUCAUCCCGUGAUCACACAAAGUUUAACUCAGGGCCCCUGGAAUUCAGCAGCACUUCGGGGCCGGUUUCUGCAGCAAGGGGGAAAAAGAAAAGACGAACAAGAGAAAAGCAGCAAGACUCCAGUUCAGAUCCUGCCUCUCCUAAGAAAUGCAGAGCUCGCUUUGGCCUCAACCAACAAAUGGACUGGUGCGGCCCAUGCAGGAGGAAAAAGAAGUGCAUUCGGUACCUACAAGGAGAAGGACGCUGUGGCAGCCCAGUUUCUUCCGAUGGAAGUGCUAUAGAUUCCCCUCCCUCCCCUUUGGAUGUGCUCCAGUGCAUAUCCUCCUCUUUCACUUCAGACAAGCUUGCUGCCCCUGCCGCACACCAAAACCAAACCAACCCUUUUUCUGUAUCUACGCCUAUCAGAACUGCUACAAGCACAUCAGGACUUGCUUCUAAAUGCUUGGUGGUGCCUCACACAUCUGUAGCGCCCAGUGAAGCCUCAGGGUAUAGUGUGGUAUCAAUCGGAACGUAACGCCACCUCAGCGAAGAUCAAGGCUCUCACAAAUUCAUCAGGCACUUUGGUCUUCGGAGCAGUUUCGCUACCUACGGAAGUGGCCUAGACACAGCUCUCGGCCACCAAGUCAUCAAAUGGCAUUCUCAAAGUCAGGUGGAAGCUGUGUCAGCAACUCAUUAAAUUGGAACACAAUGGAGCGCUGAAAGUGCUUUUUAUCUAAGUUAUGACAGCCAAAGUCUUUCAAGAGAAGGCAGAAAAAAAGACUUAAUUCUAGACAGCAACCGAAUUACAACAUUGUCUACCAAACCAGAUAAACCACACCAAUUUAGAAUAGUAGCUGAGAGGUGCUAUAGAUGUUCAAUGUAUAUUUCCAUUUCUUGCAGAGGUUUAAGUUUUCAAUCAUCUUGUAGUUAAUACACAGAUAUCAAAACCGCUAAAAAAGCAAGGAGGUUUUUCCCUUUCCCCGAGGGGUGGGGGGAGGUAAAGUAACCCUCAGCUUAUUAAAAAUGCAGGCAGGCAUUAUUAUGUCUCAUGCUUGGAAUACAAAGUGUUGAUCCCAGGGUAACAGGUUUCUUCACAGCUGUGUGUGGAAUUAGAGAUGACAGCAGCUUGAAAACAGGAAUAUUUAUUGAACGUUAAAGGAAAUCUACACUGCCUGCUUCAAAGCCUUAACUAUAUUCAGUUAUUUUGCCUUCAAAACUAGUUACAUAUCAGACAGAUGUGAACCUACUUUGUUGCUUUGUUUUUCUUCACAAUGUACUUUGGAAAGCAGGAACUUUUUCAAGAUUUUUUUUUCUUUUUUGCAAACUUUACAUGCAUUUGUUUUGCAUGGUUUUUGCUUUUAGCAUAGGCAGGUUUCAUUCUCUAAACAAUAUGUUGUUCUAGGGUGAAACGAGCAAUUAUCUUUAUCAAAUUGCAGCAUGUCUUGUGGCUGUACAAGUGACACAGACAUCUACUGGCAGAAUUGUGCCCUCACUCUGCUAACGAAAAGUAAUCAAAUUCUAUGCUAAGAGCUGAAUUCAGCAAUCUGUAUUAUCACAUUCAUAUGUGUUUGGUUUAUUUGGCUUCUGCUAGUCAUGAAGGCAGACAAGGUGCUGGGAAGGAUGCAUGUUGGCCAGUAGUUAAAAUGAGGGGUAUCAUUCUUUGCUCAUCGAGCAAGCACUUAUGUCCUCCACAAUAGUAUUCUGGAAAGGAGUGCAACAUGUGGAUGUAAUGCUUUGCUUUACCUUUCUCCUGUGACAUUACUGCUUAACUAGCUAUCAGCCGAGUAAGUAAAGUGUACUGUUGAGUCUGUGUUAACUCCUGGAGACCAUAGAGCCCUGUGGUUGUCUUUGGUAGAAUAUUGCAGGGGUUUACCAGUGCCUCCACAGUAUGAGAUGAUGCCUUUCAGCAUCUUCCUAUAUCACUGCUGCCUGAUAUAGGUAUUUCCCAUAGUCUGAGAAACAUACCAGCAGGGAUGUGAACCGGUAACCUAUGGCUUGCUAGUCAAGUCAUUUCCCUGCUGCACCAUUAGGUGGCUGAUGGCCUAGUACCAUUGCCUAAAACCCAUCAACUUAACCACUGACAUAUUUGCAUUCAGUUCUGCCAAAGUCUUUAGUCCAAGAACAUCUAUGCCAUUCACAAACUUUUAAGCAUUUUAACAGGUAAGGAGUUUUUGCUUUUCCCCAUCUUUGCAGUUUCUCGCUAUCAAAUAGCCUUUCAUCCCCAUUUAUUCUGAAAUUGACAGAUCAACUAAAAUCCCUCGGGGCCCAAGCUGUCACACUAGUGUAACUUCACAAAAUCAGUCUGUGAAAUGAAGGUCCAGCUCAAGUAUACCUGUUUGCCCUAAAAAAAAAAAAAAAAGUAUGUGCUGAAACUAAAGACAGAUACAGGCUUGAGAUUUUGGCAUGCCCCUCUACUUUACGUAUAGCAUAGUAUCGUAAAGAAUCUGAAAGCACCUUCUCACAUCCAAACUUUUUUUUUUAAAGCAAACUGGAUACCAAAAUUUUAAAAAAGCAUUGAAAUAAGCUAUUUCAGCUAUGAAAGCUUGUUUGCACUAGAUGUCUAUUUUCCUCCUCUUUAGGUCUGAAACAUGUUCUUAGACAAUCUUUACAUGUUGCAUUAUUUUACUGUAAUAUGCAAGCAAAACAGCUUGGAUACAACGGCACAUAGCUAAAAGGCCAUUUGAGCCUUUGUGUAUUGAAUACCAGAGCUAUAAAUGAACUAAGUCCAGAUUAACAUCUCACACAAGUAUUCUAGAUUCUGUCUCCACCCCAACAUACAGCCCAAAUAAAUUUUAGUCUCAGUUUUUCAAUGAUAAGUAGAAAAUAUUUUGAGUCUAUGGGUAACAUCCACAGCAGUAUUAACAGGGCCUUUUUUUUCUUUAAGCGGGUGGGCGGGGGGAGUGUUCUGCCACCAACAUGUGUUGCUCCAGGGAAUUCCCCUUUUGUACAUAUACAAGCUUGUGUAUGAGGCUGUGUUAAUGCAAGAACUAGUCCACACAGAAGCAAAUUUCUUCAUGCAACUAUGCACUAUGUCCUUUACAGGAGUGCAGCAUUUAUACUAGCGCAAAUAGUCUGGAUGCUAUUCUAUAUAAUGUUCUGUUUAUAUUCCAAUCACAUUUAAGAAAAAAUUAGAAGGCUUUUUUGUUACUCUAUUUAAAGAGAGUCAUAACCCCCCCCCCAAGCAAGCACAACUGUAUCCCCCUCAUUGUGGCCCUUCCUCCUCUAGCCAUGGAUGCAUCUGUUCAGCAUAAACUAAAGCUACAGCCAGUUAAAAGGUUAGGAUAUUGGCUACUAAAGAGGAAACUUAAGUGCAAAGAAGCUGCUGCAUUGAUCCAAUUUAUUACAUACUUGAAGGAAAUUACUUGAACUUAAGUUUUAGUCAGGAACUUUAAGUGGCUAACUUCAACUUUGUAACACACAUACUCUGCAUCACAAGGCUCAUUUGAGCUUUCUUUUGCUGUCAAAACUGGGCAUUUAACCUGAAUGAAUUAAAAUCAAAAGGGGGCCUCUCUCCUGGAAGAUGGAGGCUGAACAGAACAGACCUAGGCCCUGAUCUAGUUAGGGCCAAUUCCUAGGUGACAAUAGCUCAACAUUACUACUUUUGAGAGGACGUUGCUGCAGUUUGACUCGAAAUCCCCAGCAACACAGCUUGCAAGCAUGGAAGGGCCUUAAACCAAGUGGUGUCCCUCCCCCAAUUGCCAAAGGAAGAGGUCGGUCUCCUAGGUAUGCAGAAAGGAUCUAUGGAUUGAGGUAACACAACCGGACAGGCUUCCCUUUGAUGCUUGCCAAAAAUAGUAGACAAAAAGGUGCCUUUUUAAAAGAUAUCCUCUUCCUUGUACUAGGGUAGAUAUUGCAGCAGAUGACCCCCAUUGAGAUCCUUCCAGUGGUGUGACUAAUGACAGCCAGUGUUUGUUUUUUUAUCUUAGAAGUUAUGGCUGGCAUCUAGACAAAUGCUGAACAUGCCAAAAGAAAUUCUACACAUACACACACAAUGGGGAUAAAUUUUCCCCCUUCCCUCUGCAGUCCACUGUGCCUCCUGAAAAUAUGCCCCCAAGUGUCAUGGAAGCCUAGGGACUUUUUUUUUUUUUUUUGCUGCAACACAGUGGACACAGAAAGGGAGAUCAGCAAAAUUCACCCCUCCAUUGUUGCAUACAGGGAACUUUUCAGCACAUGGAAUAUUAGCUAUAUUGUUUUGCCCAUAAACUUUGAGAAUUCGGAAUUGGAGAUACUCUAUCAAGGCAAAAUCAUAGAAAGAGAACAAGAAAUCUCUAGUAAGAAAGUGUGUUGUGGUCAAUAUAAUAGAUUUGAGAGAACCAACCUGUUUCAUUUGUACACUUGAUAAGCACUCUAUAUUCUACUAAGUUAUAAAAUAUAUCACACAAAGGGAUAAAGAAUAUAUGAAAGUCUAGAUUGCAAUUUUAACACAACAUAAUGUAUCUCAGUUAUAGGCCUAAAUUAGGAUCACAGAAGGAAUGCACUCAUAUUGAACACCACUGACAACCAUGUUGUGCAUAAUGGUUGCAAUUAAAAAGAACACACCAAGCAACAAGUGGAAGUUCAUAUACUGUGAUCAACACCAUGUAGAAGGAUUAACCAGCCUUCUGGUUUACUGGAAGUUGUGUUUGUAGUUUCAGUACAAUUGUUGAGUCAACUAGACUUGAGUGAGAGAGCAGAUUGAAUUUAUAUUCUCUUGCGUUGCUUUAAUGCAAAUAACUCCAACUCAGACCUUUUUCCUGCUUCAUCUUCUCAGUCUUAGUAGCACAAUUUACAUGGCCCAACUCUAGUUUCAAUGGCAUUUUGAAUCCUUCUGCCUAUUUUCCAACUAGAACUUGUGUCUGUGAGCCAAUGUAGUACUGUAUGUGCUCUAAAACACAAGAUCAAAUCCACAAUGCUAUAUAUGGCUCAGACACACAAGUUCUAUAAAAGCUCCUUACCCAGAUCCAGCACACACAGUCAAUGGGGUACAGAUUUGUGAUGUGGAUAUGUAUCCAGUUACAAUGCUCAACCAGAACCAACUGAAUGAAGUCUGAUGUGCAUGGAGACACAAACCCGAGCUGGACCAAGAUCAUUAUUUGCUUUAUAGUGUUUCAAGUUGUAUAUUAAAACUCAAAAGUUUAGCACCCACUGACAAGGAAUGAUGAAUUAGCAAGUGAUAUAGACAUCCCAUACAGCAAACUAACAGAUCCCAAGAUAAAAUGCAAAAAAGUAUGACUUUAAGCAAUGCUAUAUGAGGUCUUUUGUAUCAAUGUUUAUCAGUUUGUAAAAGGAAAGCUUUGCCCUACAUGUUUUUAUUCAACAGGGUUUUUAAUUCAUACAUGGCAAUUCUGAAUUACAGAUUGAUUUCUUGAAGCCUGUUUGAAUGUACAAGUCAUGGAAAUACUGUACCAAUUCAAUAAUCACAUAAAACCACUGUAUGUAUGUAGCAGGGAUAAAUGUUUUGCAGCAGUUCUUUUGUUCAACAACUCUUUUAAAGAUAAGCUUGUUUUUUGCUUUUAUGUUCAAAAUUUGUUUAUGGCUUUAUAAAUAAAGUAAUCUGCCAGACUGCCCAUUCAAAAAUGGGCCACUGGGGACUAUAAUCCUA